GUACAACAGCUGUCAGCAGCAGCUGUGCAACUAGCUGACCGCUGUGGGGGAGUUCUACCAGCAAAUAGCACUUUGCGGAAGGAGCUACCAGUUCUCUUGUCCGAUGAUCAAGCGAAUGAGCUCUACAAGGAAGGGAUGCAACACUUGGAAAUUUACGGGUAUUUGAAUUCCUUGAGUGCAGCUCAAGCCGGGGUCCGUGGACAUGGGGUGCUCAACAGGGCAUUGUGGCUAUUGCUCCCGAAGCAUCACCAUUUUAUGCAUAUGCUGGAGGAUGCCCGAACAUCGAAAAUCAAUCCAUCUUGGUGUACCCUUCUUUGUGCCGAGUCCUACAUUGGGCAGAUGGGUAGGUUGGCUCGGACCUGCCACCGGGCAUCCCUACACCUCAGAAGCCUUCAAAGGUACAAACUUUUAUUGGCAUUGCAUUUUGCUAAAGUGGAACUAUAA